GUCAUUUGGAGCGAGUGUGAAUGUGCUAUAUCAUGUGGGCCGUCACAAACGAAAAUCACGUCUCUCUACGCCAUAUAUAUGUAAGGUAUGUGCGGCGGCGAUGGGGAGGAUUGGCCAUGGCUCCAUCAACGUUUCCACCAAAGAUCUGAAUUGAGUUCGGAUGGAAGCGGAUCGGAAAAUGAGUUCUGGAGCUGCGGAGACAAUAAUUGCGAUGCGAUUAGAAGGAAACGGCAGCGAGAAUUCUGUGGCCGGAGAAGUGGCGGCGAAGGCGCCGGAAGAAGACAGAUUUUCGUGCUCUGUAAUUGACGUGGACCGCGGCGGAGACGAAGAAACCCGAACGGCGUGCUGCAGAAUAUGCCAAUUGAGCGAAAGAGACGAUUCGAACCAGAAGAAUCUCAGAGAUUUGAUCGAGCUUGGCUGCGGCUGUAAGGGAGAUCUCCGUUUCUCCCAUCUCCGGUGUGCGGAGGCCUGGUUUCUGCUCCGGGGAAACCGAUUUUGCGAGAUAUGCGGGGAGAUUGCGAAAAAUGUUACUCGUGUCGGGAGCGGAAGUUUCAUGGAGGAGUGGAGCGGCGGAAGAUCUUCCGGCGAGAGGCCCGGAGAUUGCCGGGAACGGCAGCCGUUCUGCAACUUCCUGAUGGGAUGCCUGGUUUUGGCUUUUGUUCUUCCUUGGUUUUUCCGUUUGAACUUCUAGGACCAGAUUUGGUUCUUUUUUUUUUGGGCAUCGUUUACCCGUCAUUUGAAUUGAUUCGGUUCCCAAACAGAGCAAUUCUAAGUUUCU